AUGGUGGCACAACCAAAUAGUGACAUUGCCAUUGCUGAUCAGCCAGCUAAAGAAACACCUCUUGGAACUCCAAGAAUUGAGGCAGCUUCCGUUGAGAAAACAAACUUUGUGAAGGCUGUUGAAAAUCCACUCGCAGAGAAGAACCAUGAUGCUUCGCAUGUAGAGAAGUCGGCAGAAAAGUCUGAAGUGGAGAAGCCCGCUGGGAAAGUCUCAUAUGAAAAUCCGCUUAUCGACUUCCACACUUCGAGUGAAGAAGAAAGGAAUAAGUCGCCCUCUACUAUCACAGCGGAACCUGUACAUAAAGAAAAUAUCACCAAUCAUGUGCGCACAAAUGGGAUAGAGCAUCAAGCUCAUCCAGAAAUAGCUGCUGAUCUCCCUGGUACCGUCCCGUCAAAGGAAGGGGACGGAUCCCUAUUGAGGAAGGUGCCAACACCGCCCAAUGAUUUCCUAAUAAGCACACAAGCUCACCGACUUCGCCGUGAGCAAGAGCAGCGUGAAAUUGAUGAGCGCAAAGCCCGUAUUGCUGCUAUACUUGCGAAGUCACGUGACUUGUCUAGUGGUGCCCCCGUUGUGGGUGGACGAAUUUCGCCACCGAGAGGUUUGUCAGUUAAUAGGGGAUGAAA